GACCACGGGUGUGCGGGUACAGGUUUUCUUCACGGUAAUUUAUGCAUUUUCUUAAUUCGUCUGGAAACCUUAAAAUUCAAAUGUAAUGAACGGCCACUCAGAUCCAAUCCAAUCCACGGAACACGUGCUUUGCGUUGCAAGAUGGCAGUAAUUCCCGGUGUUGUCAAACCUCGGACACAAAGAGGAAAACGCUUCCUUCAGAAUCGUGAGUCCAAACUGGUUGAAAACACAAAAACGACGAUAUUUAUUCGCGGCUCAAAUGCCAACAGCAACGUCAUCAAAGCCAUGAAGAAUAUGUGUUCCGUCAAGAGACCCCACUCAGUCUUCUUCAACAAAAAGAACGAAGUGAAGCCAUUCGAGGACCAGACUCCUAUUGAAUUCAUGUCUAAGAAGAGUGAUGCCUCACACUUUGUGUUUGGCUCACACUCCAAGAAGAGGCCAAACAAUCUCGUUUUUGGCCGAACUUUCAAUGGACACCUGUUGGACAUGUUUGAGCUUGGAAUGGACAGUUUCAAGUCUUUAGAAGAUUUCAAGGGGCCAAAGGUACCAGUAGGAACCAAACCAAUGCUUGUAUUUGCUGGCGAACAGUUUGAGCAGAACAAGGAGCUGGAACGGUUGAAAAACUAUUUCAUUGACUUUUUCAAGGGUCCCGUGGCAGAGGCGGUCAGUCUACAGGGUCUGGAGCACGUCAUCAUGUUUACCGCUGUGGAGGAUAAAGUCCUGCUGCGAAGCUACAGGGUGCUCAUGAAGAAGUCUGGUACCAAGUUGCCAAGGGUAGAACUUGAGGAGAUGGGUCCUCACCUCGACUUUUCUUUGAGACGGACAAAGAUUGCUUCGGAUGACCUGUUCAAGACAGCCAGGAGACAGCCUAAGCAAAACAAGGUGACUAAGAAGAAGAACGUCGAGAAGACUGCCUUGGGAAGCACACUGGGACGCAUCCACAUGGAGAGGCAGGACUUUGGUCAAUUGCAGACGAGAAAGCUGAAGGGUCUCAAGAAGACUCCAGAGCAGAGGAAGGAAGCCAAGGCGGCCAAGAAGGCGGCAGCGGCGCUGGAGUCCCAGCCAAAAGACAUAGAAAUGGCCGACGAGUAAGACGCAACUCAGCUUGGAUCCCUGUUCUUUGCUGCACCUUGUAAAUACAUGCCAUCGUAACAAGCAA